AAUAAUGCACCUACAGUUGUCUGUGUGUUUAUACUCGCAGCAGGGAAUCUGCAUUAAUAUAACAUUCUCUUACAUGUGUCGGAGUGUAUACUACACACACACACACACACGCACAAAGACAAUAUCAUAUAAAGAUGUUAUAUGACUGCAGGCUAUAGGAAUGAGGAGCGGUUCACUCGUAAUGGGGGAAAAUGAUAUAAAAAUAAUGUUAGUGGCACACAAGGGAUUUCAGUCUGAUAUAGAGUGAAUGGUGAGAAGGGUGUGUGUGCGGGGUUAAUAAGUAACAAAGGUUCCAAGGUUCACAUACACGCAGGGGAUUCUGGGAAUUAAACAGGAAUAAACGAAGAGGCAGAAAUAGCUGUUUUGCUCUUUUCUUGAUCCAUUUAAGCGGUGUUGGAGAGGGGGUGUGUUGAUGGGGAAGGUGCAGGUGGGUGUAGGGUCGUUCGCCCGGAGGCCUGAUAACUCAGCCUUUAAACAACAAAGGCUCCCGGCAUGGUCUCCCUCCCUCACGCCGUACACCGUGCUGCCUAUCUUCUACUCCCUGUCUCUAAUAUGUGUGUUGCUGGGCGUCUGGCUCUACAUAACAGUCGAGAACACACACCAGCUUAAGGUUGACUACACAGAUGCUGGUUCAUGUGGCAACUGCUUAGAGAUGCGUAAAUAUCCCACCAAUGCCACGAUCAGGUGUAACUGUGCUGUGAACUUCAAUAUCCCAAAGAACUUCCUGGGGGAUGUCUUCUUCUACUAUGGCCUGAUUAAUUUCCACCAGAACCUGCGCAGGUACAUGGACUCCCGUGAUGAUGCCCAGCUGGUCGGGAGGAAGAAGAGCCUGAAGGUCCCCAGUUCAUACUGUAAUCCGUUUUCUUAUGAUACAAACGGUGUGCCUAUCGCCCCUUGUGGUGCGGUGGCUAACAGCAUGUUUAACGAUUCAUUUAUGCUGGUGCAUCAUCUGUCUGGUGGUGCUGAAAUAGCUGUUCCGCUCCUCAGGCAGGGCAUCGCCUGGUAUACGGACAAAAACAUCAAGUUCCACAAUCCCAAGUCAAACUCAACACUGCAGCAGGCCUUCGAAGGUACGGCUCAGCCGUUGUACUGGCAGCAGCCGGUGUAUGAUCUCGACCCUGGCGAUCCCAACAACAACGGCUUCAUCAACGACGAUCUGAUCGUGUGGAUGAGAGAAGCGGCCUUCCCCAACUUCAAAAAGCUCUACGGCGUUCUCAACCGUGCUCGUACGCCCUUCGCACAGGGCCUGCCCGCCGGAAACUACAGCGUCAUCAUCAGCUAUAAUUUCCCUGUUCAAUACUUCCAGGGCAGGAAGGAAAUUGUGCUUAGCACAGUGAGCUGGCUUGGUGGAAAGAGCCCCUUCCUGCCCAUUGCAUACCUGGUGAGCGGAGGUGUCAUCUUCAUCGUGGGCAUCGUUCUAACUGUGGUGCACGUCAAGAUAGGCCGAGACGGCAAGAACAUGGAGGAGUGAUGGAGCAGACAGAGGAUCAUGGACGAUUAUGGAAAGCCGAUAUAAUCCGAAUGAAGCCAGAAUAUAUUUAUUCCUGUCAUUUUUUUCUGUAGGAUGAAUAAAGCAUAAACCUGCAUAAUGUGCCAUCCGUGUACUGAGAAUCUUCUCCACUCUGAGGAAGAAUGUAGGGACAUGAUGUGAGCUGAUUACAGUUCUGUAUAAACUUUGACUUAAAGUUUGCUGAGUUCAGCUACUCUCGGAUUGUAGACUGUAAUAUACAGCACCAGUCAAAAGUUUGAACAUCCCUGCUCUUUUUCAUAGCUUUUCCUGUAUUUUGAUUAUUUUCUACAAUACUGAAAACAUCAAAACUAUAUGUAUAAAAAAUUUACCAGCUGGGAGGUCCGUAUGGUGAAAUACCGUGACCGAGGU